AUGUCGAGCUCGAAAGUCAUGAAGAAGGCUAACUUCGGCGGACAGGUCAAGUGCGAUGAGCGCCCGGGCGGGUGCCUGAACUGCGAGAGGUUGCAGUUGAACUGUGUGCAGCCAACCGCAGAGGGGGCAGGAUCCUCCGUCAAAGAGCAAGCCGACCAUGCUCGCGCCUUGACCGGCAUCAAGCGGAAACGCACCUUUCGCGUCUGCGUCCCCUGUCGCCAGAGUAAGAUCAGGUGUUCGGGCGAGAGGCCAUCCUGCUCAAGAUGCAGGCAGAGGGCGACCACCUGUGUUUAUGAUGCUGAGGCGGCCGAGCCCGCGUGGGUCCACUCCGUCGCUCCCUCCGCUACACAUGGAUCUGCACAGGAGACAAUGACAUCGACUCCGUCACCACCAGUUCCCCAGAAUGCACUCGCUUCAAUAUCUACCAGCCUGCAGAACGCCGAUCUCCCGCCGUCCCUGGCUUGGCUCUUCGCCCCGGAGUUACCCCAGAAGCCGAAACUCCACAGCUUGCUGGAGGCAUACUUUACCAACGUCUAUCCACUUCGCGUCUUCGCCUUCGUGCAUAAGCCGUCGUUCAUGCGAAUGCUCGAGGAGGGCCUGCUCACCGAUACCUCGGACCAGGCCCUUCUCCACAUCAUGUGCGCUCUGGGUGCUCGCUUCUACGCUCUCGACUACAGUGAGUCUUACUCACCUCUUCCCCGAGAGCUGAUCCAGAACGCUGGCAGUCAGUGGGCAAAGACCGCUGAAGAGAUGUUCUUCGCCGACUACAGCACCAUCUCAGUCACAAAGCUGCAGGUGCUUGUUCUGCUACAUGACCACGAAGCUCGAACGGGCAACUACGCUGGGUCAUUCUUACUUACAGGGUUGAUCAUUCGCAUGGCGCAUGCACUGCAGCUCAAUCUGGAAUAUUCUAGAGACAUACUCUGCAAAGAAGAGCCGCAUGGCUCCAACGAGAUUUCAGCGAGAGAAGCACGGAGGCGUCUGAUGUGGGCUUGCUAUGUGGUCGAUGUAUGGGCUGGUAGUGGUGUCGACCAGCUCACCAUCUUGAGCGAGAAGGACAUCAAGCUUCAGCUACCGUGCAACGAGCGGCAAUUCCUUCUGCAGAUCCCCUGCGUUACCGAAUGCCUCCAGCCGGGCGAAGUACUGGAUUUUAUCCCCAAGGAAGACCUUCCUGAGAGGCCUAUUGAGAACAUGGGUAUCUCCGCAUACUUUGUGCGUAUCGUACACAUCUGGCAACGGGUUCUACGUUACAUCAAACAUCCGAAUGAAGUGCAACCGCCGUGGAUACCUGGGUCUGAAUUCGCUAAUCUGGUCGAUGACCUCCACGCUUGGAAGCAGAGUCUACCUUCCUGGUUGGACUUCUCAUCAGACAAUAUCUACAUUCGCCGCGCAUCGUCACAGCUUGGCGCGCUGUUUCUCGUACACUGCAUGUAUCACCACGUGCUAUGCGACUUACACCGCAUAUCGCUUCCCGACUUGUUCAAGGUGCAAGAGCCUUACGUGUUCCCACCAGAUCAACUACCAUUCAUGGCCAGUCUACAGACUGCAUGCUUCGAAAACGCGCAACGGAUCUCUGUGCUUAUCACUACCAUCCUACAGCACGGACUGAAACAACUAGCGGAUUCGAUCCUUCCCUCGUUCGUUUACAAUAGCAGUCGCAUCAUGUUAUACUAUAUUGCGAGAAUCCUUGAUCGCUCAAAGCCGGAUGCGGCCACUGUGAUUAGCCGCACUAUCGAACUCGUGGACCACAACAAUAAGGCACUUCACGAUAUGUCGCAGCUGUACCCGCUCGCAGACCAGUUGUAUCUCACCACCCAACGAUGGCUUGAUACAGUCCGCGCAAGCGUAGCAGUUGGGCAGCCAACCGCCUACAUAGCCCCUCAAGACUCUUCGAACUUGAGCACGACGGGGGCUGGCCCAAGUCCAUCCGGCACGGUCGAGACGAUUUCCGAAAGCCAAUUCAACCCGUUGCCACUUUACGGCACCUCUCAGGAAAUGGCCGGCGAAGCACCAGGUUCUAGCGUUGUAUCGAGCUCGUCCUCCACCUUCAAUACAUACGUCCCAGCCCCUGGUUACCCGUACACAACGGCGCCCGCCCCAGAGCCGCUGCAAAUCGGCGCACAGCCAAGCCUACUUGCUAUGCAGAAUGCUUCGGCCUCGCAAUCGGAUCAAACUGUUAGCCCAUAUUAUUCAGGUAUGGAGAACCUGGAUCAGCCAAUGUUCGACUUGAACGAUCUCCAGAACUUCUUCGAGUGGGAGAACGGGGAAAAUGCGCCAUCGACCGGAAUCGAGGGCUUCGGGCCCCUGGGCUGGAAUAACCUUUCGAGUAUGCAGUAA